AGAUCAGCGGAGAUCUAUAAGAAAACAGUCGCAGGUAUUGGAGAAGUCUACCCUGGUGCGAAGCUCAGGGCGGUCGACUUCAAGGACCUACCGGUGCGACCGAGAGCGAGAGCAUGGUUGCCUUGCAGGCCAGCGGAGCCAGAAAGGAUCCUGCAAACCAUAAGGCUCUAUAACCCGGAGCUACCUACCGAAAAUUGGAAGGUGGUAAAAAUUAAAGAAAGCGGUAAAGCGACGAUGCAGGUUGUCCUGCUUCUAAAUAAGGACUCCAUAGAGUUGUUGGAGCAAAAGAGCGGGGUCAUACGUUACGGCUGUGACAUGGCCAAAAUUAAGGUCUACAGCAACGACGUAAACGCAGCGAAGAACCUGAUCGCGGAGGUAGAGCUGGAAGAGGCCAACAGCGACGUGGAGAUGGAGGAAGAAUCCGAGCAGGUUGAUCCGAUGGACGACCUGACCGGGGGUUAUGCCUCAUCGACGUCUUCGCUGGGGGUCGGACGCAUGCUUCAGCUUUAUACGGAGGAGGAGUUGAUCGAGAUGUCGGAAGACGCGGUCAACUCCACCCUAAUAGGCGACGUGGGCGGUAACGGCCAAGAUGGUGAAGGUACUGCAGAUUAACCUUCACCACUGUAAAGCAGCUUCAGCUGCACUGCUGCUCCAUCUAACAGCUAAAGGGGCAGCCGACAUCGUCCUAAUCCAAGAACCUUGGGUGGUGGGACAAAACAUUUGUGGGCUGAAAGCGCCGGGCUACAGACUGCGACGAGGACACAACAGCGGUCAGUCUAAGUGUAAACAGACGACCAAUUAAG